ACCCCAGGUGCUAGCCUGGUUCGGGAGGGGCUACCUUCUUUAUAUAGGAGCAACAACAGAUCAUCAAUAACAAAAAGUGGAUUAUUGAUCUUUUUUUUUCUUCUUCUUCUGGUCGUCUUUAUGUUCCUUUUGCAAAUAGCAUUUUCAAAGGGAGAAGUAAGAACGAUUGAGAGGAGCGUGUGA